ACGCGGCCGGGUCGCUCCGAGGUCGUAGAACCCCUCGCGGUGGCGGUGCCGCCCGGUGUCGUCCAAGCGGGGCCCGGAACCGCCUCGCGGCCGCCCUCUCCGCCCCUGCCCGCGCCCCCGGCCGGUGACCUCACACGUGGCGCGGGGCGGGGACAGCGGCGCGGGGCGGGCCCGGCGACAGUGCGCGGCCCCGGCAAGAGCGAGCGCGGCCCGUCUCGGCGCCGCCAUGGCCACCGUGGACCUGGAGAAGCUGCGAAUGUCCGGGGCCGGCAAGGCCAUCGGCGUGCUGACCAGCGGCGGAGAUGCGCAAGGUAUGAACGCGGCUGUCAGAGCUGUGACGCGCAUGGGCAUUUACGUGGGAGCCAAAGUCUUCCUCAUCUACGAGGGCUAUGAGGGCCUCGUGGAAGGCGGUGAGAACAUCAAGCAGGCCGACUGGCUCAGCGUCUCCAACAUCAUUCAGCUGGGCGGCACCAUCAUCGGCAGUGCGCGCUGCAAGGCCUUCACCACUCGGGAGGGCCGGCGGGCGGCGGCUUACAACCUGGUGCAGCGCGGCAUCACCAACCUGUGCGUCAUCGGUGGCGACGGCAGCCUCACGGGCGCCAACAUCUUCCGCAACGAGUGGGGCAGCCUGCUGGAGGAGCUGGUGGCAGCAGGCAAGAUCUCGGAGAGCACGGCGCAGACGUACUCACACCUGAGCAUCGCGGGGCUGGUGGGCUCCAUCGACAACGACUUCUGCGGCACCGACAUGACCAUCGGCACAGACUCGGCCCUGCACCGCAUCAUGGAGGUCAUCGACGCCAUCACCACCACGGCCCAGAGCCACCAGAGGACCUUUGUGCUGGAGGUGAUGGGACGGCACUGUGGGUACCUGGCCCUGGUGUCCGCCCUGGCCUCGGGGGCCGACUGGCUGUUCAUCCCGGAGGCUCCACCUGAGGACGGCUGGGAGUACUUGAUGUGUGAGCGGCUGGGUGAGACGCGGAGCCGGGGGUCCCGACUCAACAUCAUCAUCAUCGCCGAGGGCGCCAUCGACCGCCACGGGAAGCCCAUCUCCUCCCGCUACGUGAAGGACCUGGUGGUCCAGAGGCUGGGCUUUGACACGCGUGUGACUGUGCUAGGCCACGUGCAGAGGGGAGGGACCCCUUCGGCGUUCGACCGCAUCCUGAGCAGCAAGAUGGGCAUGGAGGCCGUCAUGGCGCUGCUGGAGGCCACGCCGGACACGCAGGCCUGCGUGGUCAGCCUGUCGGGGAACCAGUCCGUGCGGCUGCCCCUCAUGGAGUGUGUGCAGGUGACAAAGGAGGUGCAAAAGGCCAUGGACGAGAAGAGGUUCGAUGAGGCCAUCCAGCUCCGCGGCAGGAGCUUUGAGAACAACUGGAACAUUUACAAGCUGCUUGCGCACCAGAAACUCUCCAAAGAGAAGACCAACUUCUCUCUGGCCAUCCUGAACGUGGGCGCCCCGGCGGCCGGCAUGAACGCGGCGGUGCGCUCGGCCGUGCGGUCCGGCAUCUCCCAGGGCCACACGGUGUAUGUCGUGCACGAUGGCUUCGAGGGACUGGCCAAGGGUCAGGUGCAAGAAGUGAGUUGGCACGACGUGGCCGGCUGGCUGGGCCGGGGCGGCUCCAUGCUGGGGACCAAGAGGACGCUGCCCAAGAGCUACCUGGAGAAGAUCGUGGAGAACAUCCGCGCCCACAACAUCCACGCCCUGCUGGUCAUCGGCGGCUUCGAGGCCUACGAGGGCGUGCUGCAGCUGGUGGAGGCCCGUGGGCGCUACGAGGAGCUGUGCAUUGUCAUGUGCGUGGUCCCCGCCACCAUCAGCAACAACGUCCCUGGCACCGACUUCAGCCUGGGCUCCGACACCGCGGUCAACGCUGCCAUGGAGAGCUGUGACCGCAUCAAGCAGUCGGCCUCGGGGACCAAGCGCCGCGUGUUCAUCGUGGAGACCAUGGGCGGCUACUGCGGCUACCUGGCCACGGUGACCGGCAUCGCGGUGGGCGCCGACGCUGCCUACGUCUUCGAGGACCCUUUCAACAUCCAAGACUUGAAAGCCAACGUGGAACACAUGACGGAGAAGAUGAAGACCGACAUCCAGCGGGGCCUCGUGCUGCGAAACGAGAAGUGCCACGAACACUACACCACCGAGUUUCUGUACAACCUGUACUCCUCGGAGGGCAAGGGCGUGUUUGACUGUAGGACCAACGUCCUGGGCCACCUGCAGCAGGGCGGGGCCCCGACCCCCUUUGACCGGAACUAUGGGACCAAGCUUGGGGUGAAGGCCAUGCUCUGGAUGUCGGAGAAGCUGCGGGCCGUCUACCGCAAUGGGCGGGUGUUUGCCAACGCCCCGGACUCGGCCUGCGUCAUCGGCCUGCGGAAGAAGGCAGUGGCCUUCAGCCCCGUCACCGAGCUCAAGAAGGACACGGACUUUGAGCACCGCAUGCCCCGGGAGCAGUGGUGGCUGAACCUGCGGCUGAUGCUGAAGAUGCUGGCCCACUACCGCAUCAGCAUGGCGGACUACGUGUCCGGGGAGCUGGAGCACGUCACGCGCCGCAGCCUCAGCAUCGACAAGGGCUUCUGAGGCCGCCUGUCCUUCCUCCCGGGAGCCUGCGGGCGGCGGCGGGCGGGGGCUGCGGCCUUCUUGGCCCUGGCUGUGCCCCUGCUGUCCGCCAGGCUCUCUGACAGCACUGAGGCCCCUGGAUGCCCACCUUCUGGUCUAGGGGGGCGUAGGGGCACCCGUGCGGGGUCACCGCUCCCCGUGGGCCUCGCUGGGCCAGCUGUGUGCGCUGGGCACCAUGCAGCGCAGAGCUUGCCACUUUUUCUAGAAAUAAAAUCCCCCUGACUGUGGA